AGGCUGAUUUGCCUACAAGACAAUUCAGAAGUAGACGACCACCUGUUUGGUUAAAGGAUUAUGAGACAGAUUAUUAGUAUUGAGUACAGUUAUAGUAUCUUGUAUAUAAUGUUUGUUCAUUUAUUUCAGAUCCAAUCAUGGUGAAGACAAAGUUGACAAAGCGUAUCGAUUCAAGAAAAUGUCCCAUGUGUUCUGUACUCUGUCAUGGAGACGUAGACUUCACCAAUCAUGUAGUGGAGUGUGCACAGCAGGAGCAUGCCUGCACCUUUUGUGAAUUUGCUUCACAGAAGGAAUGCAACGUCAAACGCCACAUGAAAAGAGCUCAUAAGGGAUUACUAGAAGAUUCAAUACCCUUGGGAGGGGUGGCUGAUAAAAUUGGUCAAAAAAGAGAAGAGGACAAUUUGAAUAGAGAUGAUGUAGAUAACACAGAUGACCAUGUUUCUGAUUCAGGUGAUGAGGAUUGGAUAAGUCAGGAUCCAGGUGAAUUACUGGAAGAGAGUCAUGAGAUGCCAUCUACAGUAGUAGAAAAUCCUCUUAAGAAAGGUGGUGAAGUUUUGGAUGCGCCAAGAGAAAGUGACUUACUUGCAGGUCGGGUUUUCAGAAAGAAAACAAAGCCAUCUCUGCCAGGAAAACGUGUCCACCCUCAAGAUGACCAUUCCCUUGUGACUUCACAAGCAGUGGAUGAAACGGCAAAGAUGUCCACAAUGACUCAGACAUCAGGUUGUUUCCUCGAUGAUAAACUUAAGGCAGAUGUUGGUACACAGACGGAUUUUGCGACAGAAAUAUCGAAGAAAACAAUUUGGAAAUUCAGACAGGGUGAUAUCGACAUAGAGGAAAUUACAGAGGAAAAAUUAAUUUUGUAUUGACUUAAUCAUAGCUGAAAUGUAUUUGUUUGAAAUAGUUAACACAGAUAGUGUUCAAUUUGUAAAAAAAAAAUUAAAUAAAAAAAAGUAAAAUUGUUGUUAUCAUU